AUGGGGAAGUCGAUCCGGUCCAAGAUCAAGAAGCGCCUUCGGACGGUGAAGAGGCAGCGGGUUGAUGCCAUGCUGGUCACGCCCCGCGAAGAAGAGAAGCAUGACAAGCUCAUGAAAGUGGCACAAGGCAAGCAACUCACGCUCCUGAGGCCAAAGAAUGCCUUCAAGUACCCGGACUCUGACGAUGCGGUGUUCCCGCAACAUGAGGUCAUGAAACCUGUCGAUUUUCGGGCACAGAACCUGCCUAUGGCGGGCACUGUAUUUCGGGGAAACCGUCGGAAAUACUCCAACGAAGAGAAAGAGAUGUUGACCAAGAUCAUCAAGGAAAACCACCCGAAGAUGGAGGUGCUCGCAGGUGGCGGCGCCGUUCUGGCGAAGACAGGAAAGAAAGUCUCCGUGGCCGAGGCCGAGCUACUCGCUACGAAGGUGAACAGACCCGAGGUGGUGGAAUCUGUUGGAGAGCCGGCCGUCGGCACAGUCACGGGCCAGGCCCAGGCCCAGGAGCCAAUGCAAGAUGCACCACCUUCAGACAUUCUGCCGGACCCUGAAGACGGCGUCGACACGUCGCGGAGACCGGUGCUGAAGGACACUCGGCGCGCCAAGCGAGCCGCGGGUCACAGGCCAAGGCCCAACUCCGUGAAGAAAGCAAGGAACCCUCAGGCGAAGAAGGCGACCUGA